UGUGGAAGAUUGGCAAAAAAAGUUUUUCUUCCAAAAGAUGGGUAGAUUAUGGAGGGCUGGAAAAUCUCGUUUAGUAAAACAAAUUCGAGAUGCCCCAACAAAGGAUGCAAUUUUGAAGCUAAUGCCUGAUAAUUUACAAUCUGUAGAUGAUUGGAUGGAUUUUGUGAGUGAGAAGACUAGUGCAACCUUCAAGUUGAAAAGUGAAAAGUACAAAGCCAUGAAGAAAAAACAACUCCCACAUACAUGUAGUAGAAAAGGGUAUGCUCGCUUGGCCGAAGAGAUGAGAAAAAGUAGUUCGGAUCCAUCUUUGGUCACAAGGGUUGCAUUAUGGACUAAAGCUCACAAAAGGAAGGAUGGACAACCGGUGAAUUCACAAGUUGCUGAGACACUUGAGCGUAUUGAACAAACUGAGGCUGAGACGACAGUUUCAACAACAAACGUGGUUGAUGAUGCUUUAAGUAAAGUUCUUGGCCCCGAUCGUGGUCAUGUAAGAGGAUUUGGGUUUGGUGUGACUCGUUCAAAACUAUCUCUUUUGUCUCACCAAGAUCACAAGUAUAAGGUUCUUGAAAAAGAAUAUUUGAAGAUGAAGGAAGAAAUGGUAGAAAUGAAAACAAUGAAAGAUGAAAUGAUCGAAAUGAAAGCACUUAUGUUAUCUUAUUUAAAGAAACAGACUGAACCAAGUGAGGAACUUUCAAAUGCUACUGCAAGUGUGCUUAAGCGACUAAAUAUUCCUCCAAUGCCUUCUCCAUCGAGUAUCAAUAACAACAGUCAAACUAAGUGCAAGUUAUUAGAUUGGUAUGGCUCGGGAGAGAUUGUUGCUGAAGGAAGAUGGUCUUCUAAUGAUCCAACUGCUAUGGUCCAUCAUAUUCCUAUUGGUCCACAUGCAAUUAGAGUAUGGAUUGAUGUAGCAAAGAAACCAAACGCAUAUUUGUGGAGGCCAACAUCAGAAAUGACAUGUAUUGAAGAAGCUUUGGGAAGUACAGUUGCAUGGCCAUCUGAUAAAGUGAUCAUUAGUGAAUGAAAUGGAGUCGUCUUCACCAAAGGACUAAAGAUUGCACACUUAUGACGAACUUUGCUUGUAGACUUAUGAUGAACUUUAUUUGUAUUUUGAAGGUUAAUUUGUGCGGUUCAUACAUUAUUUACUAAUAUGUGUAUUUUGAUUGGUAAUGUGUAUGGUUGGUACAUUUAGAAUGACUACAUUGUUUGGUAAUUUUAGUACAUUAUGAAUGGUUUUAUAAA